GUAUGUGCUACAAUGCUCCAUCCAACAACAAUGCCUUGCACUUUCACAAAAACAAAACAAAACGACUGUGAUAAAAGUUCAGCAAAAAACGUGUAAGCAAAUAAAAGUCUGUGAAAAGUGGUGGCAAACUGGAUACGUCAAUUGAUUUAGUUGCUUUCAGAGCGAAGUUGGAGCGAGUCGAGCGAAAGUUUAACUGGUCCGUUGGGCGCAUUUUCAUUUCUGUAUCAAAUUUUGCAGUGCUUUUCAAGUGUUCAUUAUAGUGUGUGUGUGUGGUUCAUGUGAAAAAAAAAAUACAGAAAUCAAUUAAGUAAAUUUAACUAAUAUACAAAUAUCUGACUGAAAAUUUACGGUAAGAAUCUGUUGAAAAAAAAGUCGAAGGAUUGCAUAAAAAUACUCCAUAGGUAAUAAAGUGUACAAAGUGCAUGAUCGUGUUGAAGAAAACCUGUCGUCCAGCCGAUUGUAUUCUAUCCAGACUCUGCAGCUGGAACUGUGCAUCUAAUUAUUGGUAUAUGUAUAUACAUACAUACAUUCAUACGUUAAAAAAUAAUAAAGGUUGAAUUCAUAUGUACUGCACGUAUUCGAAGUGCCGUUUGUUCAUAAUACCCCACAACGUGUUGGAGCGUGUAUUGCUGCUGAUGCACAUAAAAUCCGCUAAUCGCCUGCAAACCGGCAGACAUAUUUGAUACAUACGCACAUUGUAUUGCAUACGCGCAAAAGCUUGUACAUAUUAUAAACGGCAAGUGCAUAAAUUUGUAGUAAAUUCAUAUAGUGAAUCUCAAAAAUACGCAAAACGCACUAUUACUGAUAGUUUAAAGCAUUGUUUGUUCAAGUGUGAAACUAAAAAGAUUUUUCGGAAUUUAUUACAUUUCUAAUUGGACUGAAAUCAACUUGGAUUUUUGAGCUUUCCAACUUGACCUGCUAUACAAAAGACGGUCGUGACAGAAUAAGAUAAGAGAGGAAGAGGGAGAGUAAGCUGAGAGCAACGUUUUCGGAAAAAUUUCGCUAUGCCGCUAUUUUCAAAAAAGGGUCCCAAAUUUAGUAGAGCAGAUUCCGAUCUAUCUACAAAUGCCGCUACCACUGCCACGGGGGGCAACACAUCAUACAACGACAACAAUAACACAACGGCCAACGGUAAAGCGACCACUAUGAAUGGCAGCAGCAACGCGAAUAACCGCAACGAUUCAUACAUUCCCAAACCGCAACUAAUAUUCCAUUGCCAACUGGCGCACGGCAGUCCAACCGGUUUGAUAACCGGCUUUGCGAGUGUACGGGAGCUCUAUAAAAAGAUUGCCGAAUGCUACGACAUCCCCGUCGAGGAGAUACUUUUCUGCACUUUGAAUUCACACAAAGUGGACAUGACAAAACUGCUCGGCGGUCAAAUCGGACUGGAUGAUUUCAUAUUCGCGCAUCGAAAAGGGCGACCGAAAGAGAUUGAGAUCGUAAAAUCAGAGGAUGCGCUCGGUUUAACCAUAACCGAUAAUGGAGCAGGUUAUGCAUUCAUUAAGCGCAUUAAAGAGGGUUCGGUCAUCGAUCGCAUCGAACACAUUAGCGUCGGCGAUCAUAUUGAGAAGUUGAAUGAUAUUACUAUGGUUGGUAAGCGACAUUACGAAGUUGCGCGUCUGCUUAAGGAUAUACCUACCGGCACCACAUUCACGUUGCGACUGGUGGAACCGAUGAAGAGCGGCUUCCAGGGUAUCGGUCCGCGCACACAAUCGCGCGCGCCCUCUGGACGUGGCUAUGGCAGUGGCAAGGAGACAUUACGUUUUAAGGCGAACGGAAAUGUAGAGAUCGAGGACAAAUUCGACGAGUCAACGCAAUCGGGCAUUGAGGCGAUCAAUAAUUUGUUAGAAUCGUUUAUGGGCAUAAAUGACACCGAAUUGGCGACACAAAUUUGGGAUUUAGGCGCGAACAAGUCCAAUUCAAUGGACUUUGCGGAGGCUAUCGACAAUUCCGAUUUGGAGUCUUUCGGCUUUACCGAUGAUUUCAUUAUCGAACUGUGGGGUGCUGUAACGGAUGCCAGACGUCGGAAAACGGCGAAGAACUGAAAGUGUGCCUACAAUUUUAAAAUAAUUAUAAACUAAAGGACUCUCAGUAGACGAAACGAAUUGGUGACGUUGAAGAGAGUAAACAGGAAAACGGAAAGAGAGCGAGAGAGUAAUGCUGUAAUACGAUGUAAAUGU